CGAGUCACAUCUCGUAUUUGUUUAAUAGAGAGAGGCUGAGAGAGAGAUGGAGAAGAAAAGAAAGAGGAGGAGGGAGCUAGAGCAGAAUAAUAUGAGAAAGAGAAGACAAUUGUCGGGAUCCAAAUGAUUAGAUAAUUUUCGGGACCCCGAAGGUUAGGACUCUUCGGGGUAGGAAGUUAAUAGAAGAAAGUUUUAAUUAGAAACAAAACAAGCGUUGGGCUUCUGUGGAGGUAAAUCCUGAACCCCAAAUGAUUAGCUAACAAGGCAAAUCCUAAACACCAAAUGAUUAGAUGAAAGCAAACUAGUAGCUAUAACACCACAAUCUCACUCUUACAUUUCCUCUCUCUCACCUUCCCAACAAAGACAGACAUGCUUACUGCGAAGGGUGUAUAUCUGAUCAAAUAAUUAUCACCCUCCUCACCUAAAUCCCUCAUCUCCCACCACUUAUAAAAACCCUCUCCAUUCCCCCAAAACUCAUAUCAAACACUUGCACAAAAUAUCAAUCACCUUGUGCAAGCACCACUCCAGCAUUGGCAUUACUUGUUUUCAAGCAAAUUAAGAAGCCAAAACCCACCACACUCAAAAACAUGAUGAUGAAGCUUCAGAAUCUGCCUCUUUUCUCACUCACACUUACACUCAUCUUCCUUUCCCAUUGCACCAAAAUCAUAUCCCAAGCUCCUGCUGCUGCUCCGGCUGCUCCUGCAGCCCCAGCUACCCCAAUUGCCCCAGCUGCCCCAAUUGCCCCAGCUGCUCCAGCAAUUACAGGGCCAGCAGUUCCAGCACCACCAGCUGAUGCCCCUGCACCUGCAGGCCCAACCAACAUCACCAAAAUCCUUGAAAAAGCAGGUGGCUUCAAUGUCUUAAUCCGCCUUUUGAAAAGCACCCAAGUUGACAACCAGCUCUACAGCCAACUCAACAACUCAAAUAGCCAACUCACCGUUUUAGCCCCCACUGACAGUGCCUUCUCAAAGCUCAGCACAGGCUCACUCAACUCUUUGAGUGAUGAGCAAAAAGUCCAGCUCUUACAAUUCCAUCUGAUCCCAGAUUUUCUCACAAUCCAAAACUUCCAAACUCUCAGCAACCCAGUGAGGACCCAAGCUGGAGAUGGAUUUGAGUACCCACUAAACAUUACCACAUCAGGCAGGGCAGUCAACAUAUCAUCUGGUCUCGUCAACACCUCCAUUUCAGGCACUGUCUACUCUGAUAGUCAAAUUGCUAUUUACCAACUUGACAGUGUGCUCCAGCCUUAUGGUGUUUUUGCUCCCAAGCAUCAUCCACCUUCACCGGCACCGUCUCCGGUGCAAGAGAAGCCUAAAAAGACGUCAUCAUCUGAUGACAGUCCUGUUGCUGAAUUGACGAAGUCUGGUGCUGUGCCUACUCUGAUCCCUAAAUUUAAUGGCAUUGUCUCCAUUGCAGUUGCUAUGGUUGCUGCUGCAGCAUUAAGCUUUUGUUGAAAAAAUUGUUUGUUCCAAUUGGAGUUGGAUUGAAUUUGAAGGGUAAUGAUGUACGGUGACUGGUUUGGAAUAAUUGUUGUUAUGCAUGUCAGAAAUGUGAUCUGUAUGUGAGACCAAUACUGUUUGGUUAAAUUUUUCGUUGGGUUCUUAUCUGUUUUGUUCUUUGUAUCUGUAAUAUUUUCAUUUGUAUUCAUCUUCGGUUUCUGUGUAUUUUGAGAAACUUGUGUAAAUUCUUCCACAAAAUUAGUACAUGCGUCUUGAUCAAUCCUUUUUCACUUUUGGAGUACAAUUUUGAAUGUAUUCUAAGAAUAAAUUUUUUUUUAGAAUUAAAAAGUGUUCCAUAAAAAUAGGAUCCAUUAUUU